AUGUCGAUUCUAAUGUCUGAGAACGGUGAAGAAAAGAAUAUUUGUUCUCCCAACAAUUCGGAUGCCAAACCACCUUUGGAGGAGAUGAAACCCCCCUCUCUCAUCCCGAGAAACUCUUUCUCCAUAGCUAGUAUUCUUAGCAGAGACGAUCCUAAAAAAGAAGUACAUCUCAUACCUGGAGAAGUGAAUGCUUGUAUUGCAAGGAGGAGCUUUCAAAGUAUAGCUUUUGAACCACGGUUGGCUCUGAUGCGACAUGCCCAAAACUUUUGCAAUCAUCAGCAGCAUGCGUUUGUGAAACAAAUGUAUCCUCACUAUGCGUGGAAUCCUGUGACUUCUCGAGAUGAAAAUCGGAACAAUAACUCAGAGAGUCCGCCACCAUCACAUCAUACUUCCAGUUCUCCAACUUUCCAUUCAUCCUAUCGUCUAGAUUUGAACACUUCUAGCAGAUCGCCGAGUCCUAACACUGCUUCAGCCUCUCAGCUUCGACCCGAUUCCGGUGGUGAGGGCUCUGAUUCAGAACACGAAACGGGAUCCAAAUCUCUUUGUUCUGGCGAUGUAUCCGGAAAUGGUGAUGACAAAAAAUCCAAGACUCAUCGACGCAAAAAGAAGACUAGAACUGUCUUCACAAGAAGCCAAGUGUACCAGCUUGAAGCUACUUUUGAAAUGAAACGUUACCUAUCCAGUUCUGAACGAGCUGGACUGGCUUCUUCUUUGCAUUUGACUGAAACUCAAGUUAAAAUUUGGUUUCAAAAUCGUCGAAAUAAAUGGAAAAGACAAAUGGCGGCCGAUAUGGAAGCAGCCAAUCUUCAUGCAGCUGCCACACAAAGAUUGACUCGAGUACCCAUAUUAUAUCACGAUCGAGGAGUUGCUUCCAGUGGAGGAGCAUCUCCAAUUCCAGGCAAUGGUUUGCCUGUUGUAACAGCAGCUGGAACUGCAUUUUCUAAUUAUCCGGCGCUGUUUUAUCCGCCAUAUGCUACUGUCCAGCCCACAGCUGUUCGUCCGACUCUUUCUGGCAUGGGGUAG